AUGCGGCCCCAAGUGUCUAAUGAGGGGAGGACGACUAUAACAAGAGAUUUCUUGAGGUGGUCGCGAACGAUUUUGGCUAGCCUAUUCCACUAUCUGAUAUCCCCAGUUAAAAAAAGGGAAAUUGACUACUAUUACAACAUGUCUGAGCUGCUACCCGAAGAUUACUCUCUUCGUCAGCGUCUGGUCAUCCAUCAUCUUUACCAUGAUUCGAACCUGGGAUCGCCCGACAAUCUUGUCUUUGUAACGGAAUACAUCGAGCAUCUGAAAGACAAGUUGACGAGAAAUGAAUGUAUAUAUUGUGAAAAAACCUUCGGAGAUCGCAAUGUUCUCAUGGAUCACAUGUAA